UCUACAGUAUAAUAUCUAUCCUCCACUGUUUUCGUAAACUCAAGAUCGGCUUCAAAGGAAAGUCACGGUCAAACUUCAAACAUACUUAAGAGGAACAAUGAAUAUGCAACCUGAGCAUACGACCUCUCAGGCUCUUUCUCUUGGUCUUCUUCAUGGUCUUUGGACUAAUUGUCUUCAUCGCUGCUGUACUUCUAAAACCCCACCCGCAUCUUUAUGACUUCUUAUAGCUCUCAAAUUUCAUACGGUGCUGGCUCGUCAAGGCCAUUGAAGAGAGGAAAGGCAUGCUUAACAUGCAGAUUCUUUAAGAUUAAAUGUGAUGGGGCUCGACCAAUAUGUGGCCCCUGUCAACGGACUCCGAAAGACGAUCCUUGUGAAUAUGCUGACGGUCCGGGAAGGUCAAGGGUUCGGGCACUCGAGCAAACGGUCUCGCGUCUGGAGGCCCGCCUUCGAGAAUACGAACAUCCUGAAGAGACCCCAUCUAUGGUGCUUCAUGAUCCAUACCAGUCUGGUCAAGGCCUCGGCAGCGACGCGAUCGUGCGAGUAAAUAUUGACGACCCAUUAUCGUCGUAUUCCACACAUAGUUCUCCAUCCUCAUUUUUUAGGAUAUCUCCUUUACGUAGUACACAUACUGGUGGAUCAUCUGGAUUAUCGGAUACGGCAGAGCCAAGAAUUACUCUACCUGGAACCAGAAGUCUCCUCGAAUGGUUUUUUGCGAAUGCAAUGUCUUUUGGCUUCUUCCUCGACCAUUCGCGUUUCUCGGAUUCUGCGCUGUUGCCAUUACAUUUUGGGCAUCAAUCCAGGCCAUGUCCGGGCCUAUUGAGCACCGUGUAUCUAUGGGGUAUCCAUCUAUCCCCACAAACACAACGUGAAGAUCUUGAGCAUACCUUGCUCAUGCGCGCCCUUCGAGAUACAGCCUCAGAUCUCAGUACCUCUAACCCACAUCCAAAUCGAUUCAUGCAUACCAUUCAAGCUGAGACCUUGCUUGGCUACUAUUUUUUCCGUAAUGGUAAUAUCCUUGAAGCCAAACGUCACGCCUCUAGUGCCGCAUCUCUUGCUCUAGGGUGUGGGCUUAACACCCUUAGGUCCUCGCACGAACAGCAGCAAUGGAGCCCGAACAUCAACCUUCCCCCCUCACAAGAUGCAAUUGAGGAAGGCGAACGGAUAAACGCAUUCUGGGCCGUAUUUACCCUCUAUCAAGAUGUCGCCGUCACAGUGGAUUCUCCUAGGUCUGUGUGUGGGAUUUUUGAUGCUCCUGGAUGCCAGAUUGAUACUCCAUGGCCCUUAGAUAUGGAUAUGUAUAAAAAGAAUAUCCUGCCGCCUCGUAGUUCAAUGACAAUACAUGAAUUCCUCAAUCAUAUUCAACAGAGUGUUAACGAGCAUCAACCUGCAAGUGCGACGAGUAUGAUCACGAAGGCAUCUUUACUUCUACAUCAAGCUUCAUUCGUCGCUGAGCAGUAUGAUCCAAACAUGCCCACGUCCGAAACCCAAACUCUCUUUGCGACAUUCAAAUCUGUUCAACAGUUGAUCUCUUCCCUACAGUCUCAAUUGUCUCCGUUAGAAAAACUCGACCAUCAAAAUCAAAACCUUUCAGCCCUCCGAGAAAUUCAUCUUGCCCACUCUCUCAUACAUGGGUCGAUCAUACGCUUGAAUGAGAUAUUUUCAGAUUCGAAUGCAGAUUGCCGCCAGUACUGCGUAAAGAGUGCACAGGCUAUGAUUCAUGGGGGAGGAUUUGAUGUAGCUGAAUUUGGAUGUGUGAAUCCUAUAAUGGGUCCGCUCUGGACCCUAGCUUGUCAGACGCUCGUUCAAGAAAUUAUCCGUCUGCGUUUUUUACGAACCGGAGAAAUACAUGGAUCGUGGCCAUAUUUUUUGUCUCAGUCUUCGGAGCCAGCAUCGAUCUCAUCACUUUCAUACCGUCAGGAGAACUUACACGACAAAGGAGACUCCUUGCACUUGGACAGUGAAGAUCCCCUCUUAGCUUCCCUUCAGCGGGGCCUAUCGGCCCUCACGUUCUUCUCUACUAACAGCCCUCUAAUGGAUAAGUCUUUUUGGUCUUCACCCCUGUCCAAUGAUAGACGAUAUCAUUCCCGGCGUUGUGGUGUAGUUAGAAACCCACGCACGGAUUUAUAUCUUUCUGGUUGUACCCAGUCCAAGAUGUUGGCAACGCAAAUUUACCCCCUGUAUUGACUGUGCCCAUCCCUCCAAUUUUGCUUCCAAAUUUACCUUCGAUUUCUCAAUCAUAAAAUGGAUGUUUCUCCUUGGUUCUACCUAUAUCUGUAGACUUUCUCUACAUUCAUGACCCUGUUACAACUGAG